AGUUCCCGGCAGGGUGGGUUUGCCCGCAGCCCCUCUGGAGCUGGCAGGAGAGGUGAGAAAAGCUCCAGGGUGACUCUGUUGACUCGUGCGGUUGCUUGCAGGAGGGUGCUCGGGGACAGCUCCUCAGCUCAGACCUGCACAGAGUCACCUGCCUGGGGACAACGAACCUGGGAAUAACGAACGGUCCCAGCUCCAGAGGGAGCAGCAGGACGAGCCUGGGGAACAGCCCGGCUUCCACUCCAAGGAAACCUGGAAAGACAUUACUCGUCUGGGACGCUCGGGGGGUCCCGGGGGAGGAAGGGACACAACCCCCAGCCACCUCCCAGAGAGUGAUGCGGUGGCUUUUGGGUUUUAAGCGGGUUUCCUGAGCAAGGAGCAGGCGGCUGGGCCAACAGAUGAGAUUUGGGGUGGGAGUGGGGAUGGGAUUGGGGAGGGGAUUUGGGAUGGGAGGGGAUUGGGGAUGGGAUGGGAUUGGGGAUGGGAGGGGAUUGGGGCGGGGAUUUGGGAUGGGAUGGGAUUGGGUAAGCGAUUGGGGAUAGGAGCGGAGGCUCGCGCCAGCGGUGGGCGUGGCCCGGCACUGAUGGGCGGGGCCUGCGGGGAUGGACAGUUGAGCUCCGCCCAUACGGGAAUGGCCGAGCGCAGUCGGGUGAAGCCGAACACAAUCGGGUCACGCCGAACGGACGAACGCACGCCGCUCCAGCUUAGCCGGCUAGAGCCGAACCGAGCCGAACGCAGCCGGCGGAGCCGGUUGGAGCCGAUUGGACUCGAACGGAGCCGGGCAUAGCCGAUUGGAGCCGAGCAGCGCCGAGAGCCCCGGGACCGCCCGCGCUGCUGCAUGGCCGGGAAGAAGCUGAUCGUGGUGUUCGGGGCCACCGGGGCCCAGGGGGGCGGCGUGGCCCGGGCGCUGCUGGACGAUGGCACUUUCAAGGUUCGCGCGGUGACGCGGAGCCCCAGGAAGAAGAAGGCGGAGGAGCUGAGGCGCAGGGGAGCCGAGGUGGUGAAGGCAGAUCAGGACGAUGAGGCAUCGCUGGAGCGGGCCUUGGCGGGUGCCUACGGAGCCUUUAUUGUCACCAACUUCUGGGAACACUGCAGCAAGGAGAAGGAAAUCGAGCAGGGACAGCGUCUCGCUGACCUGUCCAAGCGCCAGGGUCUGCACCACGUCGUGUUCAGCGGCCUGGAGAACGUGCACCAGCUGACGGGGGGCCGGCUGGAGGUGCUGCACUUUGAUGGCAAAGGUGUGGUGGAAGAGUACUUCCAGAAAAUUGGGGUUCCCACCACCAUCAUCCGGCUGCCGUUCUACUUUGAGAACUUCCUCUCCAUCUUCAAGCCGCAGAAGGCCCCGCAGAGAGACACCUUUGUCCUGGAGACAGAGCUGAAAACUCCGCUGUACCUCCUCAGAGCUGGGCUGCACUGCAGCUGGGAUCAAUCUCUCCAUACAGAGCUGCCCAUGGGGGACACCCCCAUGGAUGGGAUGGCUGUGGAGGACCUUGGGCCCAUUGUACUUUGCCUGCUGAAGUCCCCAGGGGAGUACAUCGGCCAAGUGAUAGGACUGAGCACGGGCAAGCUCACCGAGGCAGAGUACGCUGCCAUCCUCUCCCAGCAGACGGGCAAGACUGUGACAGCCAGCAAGAUCUCCCCUGAGGAGUAUGAGAAGCAGGACUUCCCUGGGGCCAAGGAGACGGCUGCCAUGUUCCGUUUCUAUGCCCUAAAACCAGACCGCAACGUGGCCCUGACCAUGAAGCUCAACCCCAAGGCCCGCACCUUCCAGCAGUGGGUGGGGGACAACAAGAAUGCCUUCUGAGCCUCCUCUCCCUCCCUGGUUUCUGCAGCAGGUAGGGGGGCCUGGCUGAGGAGGUGAGGUGCCCUGAGCCAUGCUGCCUUCCCAGUAGUGCCCCAGGGAGAGGCUGGUCCUGCCCCAGCUGAGGAGAGCUUUGCCCAGUUGCUGGUCCAUGUGUGUGCUCCUGCAGCAUGGUUGGGAAUAUUUAGGCAGCUAGAACAAGAGGAAGGGCCGGACAGCACAGGCAGAGGGGUGGCAGAAGCACUGCCUUUGCACCCUGUCCUCAGGGAGGUGCUGCUUUAGUCAUUGUGGGUGUUUUAGGGUGGUGGGGGCUAGUUUUCCCAGGAUCACCUCCUUUCCCAGGCAGCUCUGAGCAUAUGGCAGCAGGUGAAGGUGCCAAAGGCUGAAGGUGUUUAAGCCAGGGCCCCAAAGGCAGUGCCCUUGUGGCAGGUAUCCAUGGCCAGGGCUGCUGCAGGCUCACAAGCAAACAGAAGACAGGGAUUUCUCCAUGGAUCUGGUUUGGGCACUGCGGGUGAGCCACUGGAAAGAAUGGAAGCUUAGUGUCACCCCAGCAAGCAGGGACUGCAGUGCCUUCUUGUAACACAAAAAGUGAGCCUGAUUCCUCAUCAUACAGCUCUGGCCCUGGUCCUUGGGCUCCUGGAGCUAAUUUCAGUCACUGUUCUAAGGAACUGAGAUAAAACUCGACUUUUUCUAGACUGUCCAAGGUUCAGUGGAACAGCCCCUUCCCCCUCUCAUGCCUAAAGUACUGCUGAGAUAGGGCAGCUUUGUGUUUAAAGUCAAUCCCAGCCCCUAGCAAUGCUAGAGCCAUCCAACCCUGUCCCCUCCUUGUCCCAGAGACCUUCAUUCCUGUUACUAGGGGAGGGAAAGGGGGUGACAGAGCAGCUGGAAGAGUAGACAAGGCAGCAAGGCACAGCACGUGUUAAAUAUCUUUAUGAAGUCCAUCUUAUUUACAUGGGUACAGAAUCACUUUACAGAAGUUUAAUCAGGAGGCAACACGUGCUUUAUUUCAGCAAAUUAAGAAGGGCAAGAC